AUGAGUGAACAUCAUCGUUUAGACGAAGGGUCUGCUCAAUUGGUUAUGUGUGCAGUCUGUGGAUAUCUUCAGUUAAGUUUCCCUUGCAAUUUGUACACAAGUGUAAAAUGGGACAGAAGUCCGCCGUAUUUUUUUCGAAAUAUGCUCCUAGUUGGGAGUUUAAGGUUUUCGACCUUGUUCCUGGGACUGGUAGCCUUGUGGUAUGUUCCAGUUUCCUUUGCUGAAACCGUCAAAAGUUCUGCUCCAGUAUUUACAGUGUUGUUGGCUUGGUUGUUAAUGGGUGAAAAAACAAGCUGGCUAGUUUGUAUUUCCCUCAUUCCUGUGAUGGGCGGGUUGGCAUUGUGUAGUGCUAAUGAACUUAGUUUUAAUGCUGCUGGAUUUGCUGCUGCAAUGUCAACAAAUUUAUCUGAAUGUUUGCAAAAUGUUUAUUCAAAGAAGCUAAUUAGUAACGACAAACAUUGCUAUAGCCCUCCAGAACUACAAUUUUAUACAAGUGUGGCUUCAUUUUGCAUACAAAUUCCUGCUCUCAUUUUCUUCAUUGAUUUAUCAAAAUUAGAAGAUCCUUUUAGCUCAAGAAUGUUGUUCCUUUUGGUACUGAAUGGAAUAUCAUUUCAUUGUCAGAGCAUUACAGAGUAUUCUCUCUUGAGCUUCAUUUCACCUGUCACUCAUAGUGUUGCAAAUACUGUUAAAAGGGCAUUUCUGAUAUGGUUGUCUGUGAUAACCUUUGGAAAUAAAGUUACAUUCCUUGGUGGACUUGGCACAACUAUUGUCAUAUUUGGGGUGUUUGGAUAUAAUAAAGCUAAAGAAGUUGCACCAACCAUUUUAUCACCAACAAAGGGAGCAAAAAGUAUCCAUUUGAUAUGAAGUUAUUUAUUUAUGUCGACAUUUUAUUUAUCCUAGAUGAAAUAUGGACAUGCAUGUUUUCCAAACGAAUGUGUAAGUGUUGUAAUAUAGGCCCGACUUCAGAAAAAACAAAGCACUCCUUAUAAAACUAUGUAACAUAAUUUUUGAUUCUGUUUAAUCAGUAUUAUCUUCUAAUUGGUUCUAUCAUAAAAACAUGAAAAACUUUCUUCCUGUGUAAAAACGUUGCUUUUGUGGUCAGGGUAACAAAAAGUAUAAAUUUGUAUUGUAAUUAAAAAAGCUAAGAAUUUGAAUAGUAAGUUACCACCCUUAAGCCAGGGCUAAGACAGAACUACAUGCAAUAGACCAGACAGCCUGGUUAUCACAUCCAAAGACUGCAGUUUGGUUUGUAUUAGAACUCAUCAGUCUGGAUUAGUGAAUAACCAAGCUGGAGGCAGAUAUCUCAGUGAAGAUGAGAGUGCCAAAAUAUGGAAUUCAUUAAUGGCAUUUUAUGUAGUACACUGUUCCUGAUAAAUUGCUGUAUUUAAUUUGUCUUUAGUGUAAAUAAUAUUAAAAUGUGAAAGAGCGUUUUGUUUUUCUUUCCAAGACUG